ACAGAUAAAAUGGAUAACAAACUUAACAUGCAUUCUGGCUAUCGUACAUAGCCGACGUGUAUUUCAACGGCGCGUUUCACCAAGCAGUUGCUUCUCGUCUAGUGUUAAAUAUAGGAUCUGCAAGUGUACCUAACAUACAUUUUUUACGAUACAGGUUCAAUAAUGCAUUGGCGGUCGAUAUGCUGUUAUUUUUGUUCGUCGCGUGGAGAGACUGCUAAAACAAUUAGCAUAGUAAGCCGCAACAUGCCUUUAGUGAAGACAGCGCAGGGCGAGUUGAAAGGAGUCUUCUGCAGCGAUGUCGAGAAUUACGUGGCGUUCAAAGGCAUACCAUAUGCAAAGCCGCCACUUGGUGAAUUAAGAUUCAAGGCGCCGGAGCCUCCCGAGCCAUGGCAGGGAGUUCGUGACGCGUCGCAGCACGGCCCCGUGUGUCCGCAGUUCAACGAACGCAUGAACCGUGUGGAAGCAGGCAGCGAGGACUGUCUCUACCUUAACGUAUACACCAAAACACUUACGCCACCAAAACCUCUCCCCGUGAUGGUCUGGAUUCAUGGCGGCGGCUUCUAUACGGGAUCUGGAGACUCCGAUUUUUAUGGACCAGAAUUCUUCAUGGCACACGACGUUAUAUUAGUAACAAUUAACUACAGACUUGAAGUCUUAGGCUUUUUGUGUUUAGAUACCGAAGAAGUUCCAGGUAAUGCUGGCUUGAAAGACCAAGUGCUUGCCUUGAAAUGGGUGAAGCAGAAUAUAGCAGCUUUUGGAGGCGACCCCAACAACAUAACUAUAUUCGGAUGCAGCGCUGGCUCCGCGUCAGUGUCUUGUCACCUGGUAUCAAAAAUGAGUGCGAAUUUAUUUAAUAAAGCUAUAUGCCAAAGUGGUGUUUGUCUAAACGAGUGGAGCUACAAUAUAUACGCCCGUCAAAGAGCUUUUCAACUAGGAAAACUGCUGGGAAAAGAAACUGACAAUCCAACCGAGCUGUUAGAAUUUCUAAGAACAGUACCAGCGUCCUCGUUAGUAAACAUACAGUUACCAAUUUUAGAAUUACAAUACAAUGACUUAUUAGACAGUAUUCUAUUUGGCCCAGUAGUAGAAAAAGCCGGUCUAGAAGAAAAUAAAUUUCUAUCGGAUUUACCAAUAGAAUUAGUGAAAAAAGGACAAAUGGCAAAAGUGCCUGUAAUAUUAGGCUACACUUCAGGAGACGGUAUAGAAAUAGGAAGAAAACUGCCACUUACAGCUGGCUUCUUGUCUAUUCCUAGCACAAUAGUACCAAGGGAAUUAAAACUUAAAUGGGAACCAGAAAGAGUGCAGAAAGCUGAUGGCAGGAUACGAAAACAUUAUUUUAAUGAUCAACCGAUAUCGAUGGAGCUGAUACAAGAAUAUACGGACUUUGAAACGGAUAGAGCGUUUUUGUACAAUAUCAUGAGAUACGCACGGUAUCACGUACAAGUUACAUCGGCACCUGUGUACUUCUACGAAUUUGUAGCAGAAACUGAAAGGAAUUUCACGAAAAAGGCAUAUAAUAUGGAUUCCCUAAAAGGAGUAUGUCAUUCUGAUGAGUUGGCUUAUCUAUUCAACGUAACUUGCUUAGAUAUACCGCUAACAGAUGAGUCUAGGGACAUUAUAAAGCAAUUCGUACGCCUAUGGGUGAAUUUUGCUAGAACUGGUAACCCUUCAUCAAACGAAACUAUGAAAUGGAAACCAUUCAAAGAUUCUGAGCGAAAUUACUACAUCAUAGGAAAACAACUGGAAUGCAAGCGUGACCCUAACAAAGAAAACAUGGCUUUCUGGGAAGAUAUUUAUGACGAGUCACAAUUAAAAAUUACCAACAAAUAAUUAUAGGAUAC